GCGGUUUUUUGGUAGUCACUAUGCAAACUCGACAAAUUUUUCAUCGCUAAAAUCUAUCGACCGAAAGAAAACCAAAUUUAAUUGUGCGUUGCAAUCAAGGUACUAAUUACAAAAUAUGAUGUCAGCUCAAGAAACGGCAGAUAAAUUGAACAACAGCCUACCAAUUCAUUUGACAGCUUCAAAUGUACAGCAGAACCCAGAAUUUGUAAAAUUGUUAAUGUCACUGACAAGACAUCUGACAGACAGUGGCAUGUCAGUUGCUGUUCAUAAAGACAUGUUACAGGCUGAGGAUGCUUUAAGAGAACAAAAAUUGAAGUACCUUCAGAUUUGGACAUUGUACUCAGAGCUAAAGGAUUUGUUGAUUGAAUAUGACGUAAAGAAACAAGAUGUUCAUCCCAGUUCAGCCACAUUACAACUUUAUGAAGCCCUGAAGGUGUCGCUUGCACAGGCAGAGGCACUUGACUACAUAGAUUUCCACCCUGAAGGAGGUGAACAAUCUGCAACAUUGCUUGGACUGAAAGCAGAACAACUACUUGCAGGAGAACAUCAGAGAAAGUCCUUACACCAAUCUUUUCAACAGAGUAUUAUUCCUGAACUUGAGACCAGGUUGAGAAGCAAGUGUGAAACUUUAGCAAGUUUUCACAAACCAACAAAACAAGCUGAGAAUGAACAGUUGUCUUUUGCUAAAGCUACCCAGUUACCAGCAUUUCUUGAAAAUGAGAAACAGUUGUUGGACCAAGAAAAGAAGCAGUUGCAUCAUAAUCACAUGCUGAGAGACAAACAGUUUACACAAUUAUAUGAGGUUUUAAUGCAGUCACUUCAAAUUCUACAAAAACUAAUGGCAGACCAUCAGCUGCAGUCUCAAGCAAAACAUGAUCGGGUGAUGGCAGAGUGGUUGGCUGCAAAGUGUGAUGCUAUGUGCCUGAAAGUCAGAGUACUUCAAAAUCAGAUGAUCAGGGACACAUACACUCCUGAAGCAAUUCAAGCUCUUAAAAGAAUCAAGGCCUCUUUAAAGGACGCCGAAGAAGAGAGCACUGCUGAGUUUCACCGACUUACACAAACACUUCUCGCUUACGAGUCAGUUGGACUGGGUUUUGAUUCCCUUGUUCAGCAAUACACUACACUCAUGGCGGAGAUUGACAACAAGAAAUGGGCGCUGAGCGAACUGCGACAAAAUCAAGGAAGCGAGUUGGACGACUUGUGGAAUCAGCAUUAACGUGAAAACAACAGAACGGCGUUCAACUUGAAAAGAAGGUUUCAGCCAAACUUCAGCUUCUUUGUGAAGCAGUUAGCGCGAUCACGGAAAUGAAAACAUCUUAAAUUCUCAAAUUAAAGAGAUAUCUUCCCUUUCAUAGAUGAGAUGUCAAAAAUUGAAUUGGACGUGAACCUGUUGGAGAACGUUGUAUGACAGACUUCUUAUAUUGUCUCCCUGCAGCAAAGAUUAUUCAUUUUUAGAAUACUUCUCUUCACGAGCCGAUGAUAUAGGUCGCGAAGUUUACAUUUCCAAACUGACUCGAGAUACGAAUUAUGCUGCAGCUACUUUAAAUAUAAGUUUGAAUAUAUACGA